AUUGCAACCACCACCACCACCAUUACCACAUCUACUACUACCACGACAACACCAGCCAUCGCUGUAUAAGUACAGACAGCACCACAUGCGCUAUUAAUCCACCACAGUCACCAGCACAUAACUACAACCACAAUUUUACUACCUCACUUACCACCACCACCACCACCACCAUUGUGACGACCAGCACACCAGUACAAAUAGCAAUACCACACCACUGCAGCUACAACUACUACACCACUAUACGUACGAGCUAACGUGGAAAUCUCAACAUAGUCGACCGACCUCGUAGAAACAGCAGCCAAAUUCUCCCUCAAAUCACGUCUGUACCGACUUUAAAAAUGGACAUUGGAUAAUGUAGUCUAGAAUAAGCUUAUCCAACAGUAGAAAAAAAAGAAAAGAAAAGAAUGAAUGAAUGAAAAAGGUAUGGUCAUUUGCUUGAAUGUCUUUGAUCAAAGGUCUGCUUGCUCAAGGUUGACCUAGGGCUCAUCACCAUAUUGUUAUAAACUACCACUGCACUAAUACUACAACUAACACGCCGCUACAGCCGCCGCCGCCAUCAUUACCACUGAGCUAAACAAGAACAACAGCAACAUUAUAACUACCAGACCUAACAUGCAACUGCAACUACCACCUCGCCACUUCAGCCAUUGCCACACAAAUGUUGCUACCACCACACCACAACAAACAGCCACUUCAGUCACACCACUUCAUGCGCAAGCUUUUUAACUACCAACACAAGUCUUAAGAGUGGUGCGGUGACACUCAUUCGGGUCCUCAAUGACGUUAAAUGAAAACUACAAAGAAUCUGCAUUAAACUAAGAACAACAAUAAUAAACGAAGAAGAGCAGGUAGAAAGAGAGAACAAAAAUGUAUAAAACAAAGAAGUGAGAUAGAAGGAAAGAGAAGAAGAAAGGAACAAAGAAAGAAGUGAAAUCGGAGGCAAGCAGCAGUGGUGGCAGUAGGGAAGGGGGAUAAAGAAGGAGAGUGGUAAAAGAAACAGGAAAAGGAGGAGGAGGAGAGCAGAUGGAAGAGGAAAAAGAAAAACGAGCUGAAUGAAGUACAGUAGAGUUGGAGGUAGAGUUGUUUCCCCCUUAGGUUGCUACCAACGCCACCUGCUUAGACCGGUUGACCGAUCAACUCCCUUGUCAUCACGUCAUCCUUAGCCGGGCGGCCAGACGGACAGUGAAUGAUUCUAACACGACUACGUUACCACAAACAAACCACCCGGUCACAGUGAUAACCAUAAAAAAAGAUAUUCCGUCACUUGAAAUUACUUGAAAUCAUUCGUCUUCUACGCUACAGUCUCUAAAUUUCUGAGAUAACAACUAUAAAAGAAAAGAAAAAAAAAAACACAGCUUCAAUUAUCGGCCCCUGAGUGGGUUUUCUUUAGGACAGGUACAGAAUUUAGUGGACACCGCCAGAUGGCUUAUGGAGUCGUGACUCUAUUGAGCAGAAUAACUUCAACGUUUGGAUUGACUCCUUGCUACGCAUUGCAUCUGCUAUUUGUGGUGCCGAUUAUAUAGUCCUUCAUCAAGAAUAUGCCCCGCAGGAGACGAAUAUUAACCACAAUGACAUACUCUUGUGAUAUCUGCCACAAAAAUUUCACUCAAAUGUCCAGUGUUAUCCGGCACAAACGGAUACACUCAGGUGAAAAACCAUUCCAGUGUGAAAUCUGUAAGAAGGCUUUUUCACAGUCGUCAACUCUAGUCAACCAUCAACGAACACACUCAGGUUUCAAACCAUUUGAAUGCAAUCUUUGUGGACGCAAGUUUUCAAAUCACUCAAGCUUAUCUCGUCACCAUCAAACGCACUCAGAUGAAAAACCUUAUCCAUGCGAUAUUUGUAAAAAGUCCUUUUCUCGUUCAACAUACCUUCUGUGCCAUAUUCGUACCCACACUGGUGAGAAACCUUACAGCUGCUCUGAAUGUAACCAGACUUUCUCUCACCUCUCCAGUCUGGCUCGUCAUGGUCGGAUCCACUCAGGUGAACGUCCUUAUCAUUGCGAUAUCUGUGGUAAAACAUUCUCGCAGUCGUCUAUCCUUGCCAACCAUCGGCGGAUCCACUCCACUGACAAACCAUUCACUUGCCAGAUCUGUGAGAAGUCAUUUUCCAACCGGUCUAGUCUUCAGCGCCAUGUCAAAAUUCACACAUUACAAGACAUGCCGUUGUCAUCAACAUCGGCAUCGUCCCCGAUUGUCUUCUCUUUAUCCAGCCACGAUGAACAGUCAGUGACAAAACCAAAUGAGGAAACUGCUGACGAUAUGAAUUUAGACAACAACAACAACAGCUGUGAGGAGAUAAUUUCUAACAGUGAUGAGAACCCCAUAAGAUGUAACUUGUGCUUUGAAGUCUUUCCACUGGAGACUGAUCUAUCAAACCAUUUAAAUGAUAAACACCCAGAAGUUGUGAUGGCAGAGAAAUCUUACGCAGAACCUAGCAAUGAAACGAAAUCAGAGAAUGCCGAAAGCAAUGGUCUGAUACCUGUCUUCAGUGAUGCCACUCAGUUGGUUGACAAGUCCAUACAAAACCAACAAAUUCCACAGCAGAUUCCAGAAACUGUUAAAAAGAAGCGCCAAUAUGCAUGCAACUACUGUCAAAGACUAUUUUCUGAUCGUUCUAACAUGUGCAAGCAUCGGAAGAAAUGUCAGCUUACUUUCAUUUCAAGCAUGGGCUUAGCUUUGAUUUCAAACCAACUUCCCUCUGCUCUUGUAGAUGGUGGCUUCAAUAUGCCAAUACCACCACUACCAACUGUACAGUGUGAACUUUGCCAUAAGUCCUUUGCAAAGCAGUCACAUCUGGCUUCUCAUAUGUAUCAGAUACACCGUCCUCUUGGUGAAACAGUAAAAAAUGACAAUGCUAAUGUUCAAAAAAAUACUCGCUAUGAAUGCAAAAUCUGUUUGAAAACUUUCACCCAAGCCUCUAGUCUACAGCGUCAUGGUCGUGUUCAUUCCGGAAACAAACCCUAUCAUUGUAAUGUAUGUUCCAAAAGUUUCUCACAGUCUUCAAUCCUAUCAAACCAUCUAAGGAUUCACUCUGGAGAGAGACCUUACAAAUGCGAUAUCUGCUCCAAGAGUUUCUCCAAUUCAUCGAGUUUGUCUCGUCACAUGCAAAUACAUUCAGGAGAAAAACCUUACAAAUGCAAAAUCUGUUUAAAAUCAUUCUCUCGCUCCACUUAUGUAGCAUCUCACCUCCGAGUGCACUCAGGUGAAAGACCUUUCCAAUGCAGUAUUUGCAACCGUACCUUCUCUCAGUCAUCCUCUUUAGUCAGACAUAAAAGAACCCAUAGCGGUGAGAGGCCAUUUUUCUGCGAGGAAUGUGGUAAAUCCUUCUCUCAGUCCUCAGUACUUGUUAACCACCGUAAAACUCAUUCUAAAGACAGACAGUUCACUUGUAAGACCUGCCUUGAACCUUUCCCUGAUAAAUCCAGCCUGCUUAAACAUUUCAAGGUCCAUUGUAAUAACAAAAUGAGAUCAUAUCCUUGCAAUUACUGUGGUCGUGUGUUCAAACGAGCACCCUAUCUCGCUUCACACAUGCGAGCUCACACCAAAAAGUCUAUAGUACCCUCAUAAUUAUUUGGAAAACUUCUAUAUAGGAGUUCUCAAUUGUGUUUUUGUGUUUUCUUUUUUAAGCAAUCAAAAUAUCCUUGCCAAAACCAUGCUAAGUGUGGAAAAUAUUUUUUUGCUAUCAUCACCAUUUCAAGACAGUUGACACCCCUUACUCUCUUCUGUGUCUAUAUUCUAGCUUGAAUAUAAAAAGAGAGAAAGAUAGUCUCCUGUGUUUGUCCUACAAGAUCUAAUUACAGUUAAAGGGUGGCUUGCUUGCAAUUAACAGAUGUUAUUGUGCUAGGAAUAUGGCAUGAGUAAAUCCAAACAUGCAAUCUUUCAGCAAUACAACCAUGCUUUUAAAAAUGAUAAUACAAAUACUGAUAUUUCCAACAUAGACACAAGGCCACAGCUUUGUGAUGGAGGGUAUAUUCACUUUAAUCAACAACAGUACUUGUCCCAUGUUUGGCAAGGUCAUAAAAUUGUAAGGAAAGAUGGUAGAGUUCUUAUUUUAUCAAUCCUGCAGAUAUGAAACUAAUAUUUUUAUUAUUAUCAAAAUUAUUAUUAUUUGGCAAAUAUAUAAACACUCGUCCGUCUCUCUCUCUCUCUCUCUCUGUCUCUUCCAUUUAACAAUAGUGAAAUUGCUAACUAAACUAUCCAACCAUGGGACAGUAUAGAAAAAAGAAAAGAAAAGGGAAACACAGUUACUCCACAAAUUCUUGCAAAUAUUUGUAUUUGCAGACCAUGUCAACACAAUAACCUUAGCAAAAAUGAUUACAUUGCAGGCCUCUGCUUCUUUUUCCUUUGGCUUGUUUCUACAUGGUUUGACUGAAAUACAUUUAGUCUCUUUCAUUUAUAUAUAUAUAUAUAUAUUUAUACACACACACAUACACAUGCACACAUAUUCGUGUGUGUGUAUAUGUAUAUAUAUGUGUGUGUGUGUGUAUGCAUACACAUACACACACACACACACACACACACACACACACACACACACAUAUAUAUAUAUAUAUAUGUACAUGUACACAAGUGAAGAUGUAUGUGUGUACAUAUAAAAUUCCUUGUGAAAAAUGAUAAAAAAAACAUAUUUUUUGAAGAUUUAUAAAGCCUGAACCACACAGUAUUUUAAAGAUGUGUACACAUACACACACAUCCCACUAUAUAUAUGUUAAUGUGUGUGUGUAACGGUUGUCAAUUUUUACCAUAUGCAAGCAUAUUUCCAUAGUAAUUCACAAUGUGUGUGUUUGUGUGUGUAUGUAUGAAUAUUCAGAUACAUACGUUUAUGCCUCUGUGUGUGUGUGUAUUUAUGUGUGUAUGUAUGUGUGUGUGUGGAUUAGAAGUGCUAAGCAGUAAUGUAUACAAGUAUUGAAUAUAACUUGUUACUAGUUCAAAUAUGCUUGAGCCAUAUUUGAACAUUUAAGAUAGCCAUUCACUGCACUUUCUCCAUGACAAAAUGCAGUAAUGCAGUGAAUGGCUUCCUUACGGGUUUGAAUAUGUCUCAAGCAUGUCAACCGGUAACUGGCACUCAGCUGGUUACGACGAGGGUUCCAGUUAAUCCGAUCAACGGAACAGCCUACUUGUGGAAUUAACAUGCAUGUGGCUGAGCACUUCACAGAUAAACGUACCCAUAACAUAGUUCUCAGGGAGAUUCAGUGUGACACAUAACGUGACAAGGUUGGCUCUUUGAAAUACAGGUAUUAUUUUUGCCAUGUGACUAGAGUGGAGCAACAUGAAGUAAAGUGUCUUACUCAAGGACACAAUGUGCCACCAUGAAUCGAACUCACGACCUUAUGAUUAUGAGCUGAAUAUAUUAACCACUAAGCCAUGCAUCUUCACCUGAACUGGUAACAAGUUUAUACAUACAUACAUAUAUAUAUAUAUAUAUAUAUAUGUGUGUAUAUAUAUAUAAAUAUAUAUAUACAGGGUGUCCACAAGGUCUGGGUACAUGGAGUAAAUAAAAUCAUACCAUAAACAAUUAAAUAUAAGAAAUAAUAAUUUAAAGUAUGUAUUAAUCCCCAUGUACCCAGACUUUGUGGACACCCUGUAGAAGUGCAACUCAUGCCAGCAUGAGAUGUUGGACAUGAAAUUUUAUAAAUAUAUAUAUACACAUAUACACACACGUUUUUUGUGUAAAUGCAAAUCAAUAUAUAUACACACACACACACACACACAGAUUGAAAACUAAUGUUGGUGCGUGUGAACAAAUUUUUACAGGUUUCUUUUAUUUUUUUCAUAAAGCUCUCCAAAGAGAAUGUGGAUCCCCCGACAUAUAUCACCGUCAUUAUUCAUCUAUUUAUCAAUUAAAAAAAGAAAAAAACAAUUUGACAAAAAGAAAGUUAAAUAAACCCUUUUUUUCCUGUGAUUUCUUUCAGACCUGACCUUCCUUCCCCUCGCCACUAUUUUUCUUUAAAAAUUCUCACUUUAAAUGUUUGUCUUGAAUGUGGGCCUCACUCCCUCCGCUCCAUAACAUUAACUCAUAUGCAAUGACACUCUCCACUUCCUCCUACUAAACCCACCCUUUUUAUCUUUCAUUUGUUUACACUCACACAUUUACUUAAUGUCUUGUAGAUGUAACUCAAACUUCUUCUUUCUUAAACACCUUUUUCUCCCACCAACACCACGUCCUCUCCCUUUAUUAUGUUUGUUUGUGUGUGUGUGUGAUUUUUUUUUUUUCCAAUUUAGAGAAGGGGGAGGUGGUAUCACUCUUUUGCUGAAUAAAAUAUUCCACUUUUGAAUA